CCAGCUGUCUAAUCCGGUUAUUUAUAGGUUAAAUUCUAAAAUAAAUUGAAGAAGUACCUGUGAUCUAUCCCAAAGAUACUCUCUUUUAAUUUAAAUGUUUUCCUAGCGGCUUCCCUUCAAUAAAAUACAGUUACGGCUGCACAGUAAGGAUUAACGAUAGCAUUCUACUGUAAAGUGUACCAAAAGCAAUAUAAUCAUUUAACCCGAGGUUAUGAAACAUUAAAACGAAUUUUUGUGGCCUAUUGUGCGCCAGAUAGGAGUGAAGCAUGUCAGGUGACGUACAACCAAGGAAACGUAAAGAUAAACGGAAAAAGAAAGAUGAAAUAAACGUAGACGAGCCUCGUGGUACUGCAGCAGCUCUAGGUGAAGGAGAUGUCUUCCUACACUCUCAACAUGAUCAUGGCACGGGUGGUCACUGGUGUGCUAAAAUAAUUUUCUUCUCUCUGCUAGCAGUCCUUGUAACACUUAUUGGGUUGAUCAUCCUGGAAAAUCGAGGUCUUACAGAGUUAGAGGCAAACUCAGUUGAGUCAAGAUAUUCAGGAGUCUUAGAUGGUUGGAUAGAAGAUGCACCAGAUGAUCACCAUGAUGAACAAACAUUGGAUUUGAAGCAUCAUGAUGAUAACGGUGAUGAUCGAGAAGACCAAAGUAAUGAGCUAGAAGAAGAAUUUGAUGAAAGUAAUCACAGUGCUGAAGACGAUCAAAAGGAAGACGGCACUCAUAGUGACGAAGACGAUACUGAAAAAACCAGUGAAGAAAUCAACAAUGUCGACGAUGAAGAAAACGAAAGUGAAGAGCAAGACAUAGAUGAACUUGAUGAGGGUGUAAAUGAACACGAGCAGUCUUACGAUAGCAACGAAAACGAUGAUGAUAGCGAAAAUGAAGAUUUACAAUCUGCUGAUGACGAUUAUCAAUCAACAGAACAAAAAUACAACUAUCAGUGGGUCGAACAGAAAGAAGAAGAAUCACAAUCGAUUGAAGAACUUGAUGCUAAUAAUCAAUCGAUCGAACAAAAUGACGAAGAUGAAUCAUUUGAACAAAAUGAUGAUGUAUCCAAACAAGACGAUCAAAAUGGACAAACAGACGAAUAUGAAGAUAAACAUGACAGUGCCGAAUAUCCUGAAGAAGAAAGCGAUGAGGAGGAUGACCAUCUCGAAGACAAUGUUCAAGAGGAUUCCGAAGUGGAAGUGGAAAGAAUCGAAAGAGAAGUGUCAGACGAAGAAAUCCAACAGGAAUUAUCUUCAAACGAAGUAAACGCACCUGUCCAAAAAAGUGAAGAAAAAAUCGUUGGCGGAAAACCUGAAGAUGAAGUCGAGGACUCUGUAGAGGAUGAUGAAGAUGAAUUUUUAGAACCUGAAGAUAUCGAAGAAUCGCCUGUAGUGGAACAUAUCACAGCACCCGCAGGGAAACCUUUGCCUGAGUUGGAGGAUGACAUUUCAACCGAAAAGCCGAUCAACAGUUUGACCGAAGAAGACGAAUAUGAGAAGCAACAAGAACAACUGCGCCUUGAGAAGGAACAAGCGUCGCACAUGUGGCUGAAAGUGGUGGUCGGUGCAGCGUUACUGGUCGCCACGCACGCAGUCGUGCGGCGCGCCACUGCGUCACGCGAGACGGAUAACAUAUACGAACAUAUGGCGAGAGAGGAAACACCAUCUUUAAUCGAUAGACGAAUGACUCUAAUACUUGAAGAACAACAUUCAGAGGUGCCGGUUGAGGUUCCAACAGACUAUUCGUUACCUCCUGUCGUUGAAAGAGAGGUCGAUGAGAAAAACGUUGGUACACAAAAAUCCACACCAAUUAAAAGUCAACUCAACGUAGAUAAAGAGGUUGAAGACACGCCUGCUCCUGAGGUGAUACAAACACAAUACGAGGUAGAUAAAGAGUUGUACAGCGAUGAGGAUGAACUUGACGAGGAAUUGAUUGAAGAAAAAAUAGAUACACCCAAAGAGGUUGCACCCGUAGAAGCGCGCAAAGCUGAGGAACAAAUCGCGGAUUCCGAAGAAGAUCCUGAUGACGUCGAAAUAAUCGACGAAGAACUGGAAGAAGAAUUGAUUGAGGAAGAAGAAAUAUCCGAUGUUGAUGACGCAGAACUUUUGAGUAGGCUCGAAGCAAAAUAUGGCCGACUCCCCGAACCCGACCGACCGAAACAAACUAAAGAUGGUGGGGACAGCCUAGAUGACGAUUGGCCGGGCGAACCUAGCGAGAGUUACUGGCGCCAGCAACUGGACCAAGCCGAACAGGACUUGAGACAGGGCGAGUGGAGCGCUGCGCUGGGUCGAGUUAGCGCGCCGAGCCUCCAGACCAGCGCCCGCGCUCGGUACGUAAAAGCGCGGGCACUGGACGCAACGGCCGAAGCUCGGCGCGACAAUAGACUGCUUUCGCAAGCUAUAGCCGCGUAUAUCGACCUACUCAAGAUGAACGAGCGUCUCUCGGAUAAGAAGUUAAUCGAAGUUACUGACAGAACACUAGAAAGAAUCAAAUUCAGAGGAACAUAUCUGAGUGCUGAGCCUGUUUACAAACUAUUGAUUCGACGAUUUCCGGACAAUCCGAACUAUCGAAAUAAUUUGACUGUAUCGUUAUUAAUGGCAAACAGGGCUGAUCUAGCGGAAACCGUUUUAAAGGAAACUUUAAAGCGUUGGCCUAACGACCACGUCGCAUUGGCUCAUCUUGGCUUCAUCCUGAAAACCAGUUAUAACCGUUUAGAAGAAGCAGUAGAUGCAUUCAAGAAAGCUUUAGAGGAUCAAACUGGGCCCGCUAACGAACCGCGUUUUUACUACCACUACGGCGACGCAUUACUGUUAUUAGGAAGGUUCAAUGAGGCCCACGAAGUUCACAAACGCGGCGCAGCUCUAGGCCACUUCUUAUCGCCGAAUCAGCGUUCACUAUACAACGUGGAGCGAUUAAAAAGUAAACCCUGGUGGAACGUAGAAAACACACCCUACACAAAAUUGGCACGUGCAUUAGAACGCUCGUGGAGGCAAAUUCUAGAAGAAGGUGAAAGCUUACGAGCGUUGUAUGAAAAAGAAAAAGAGGGUUUAAAAGAACGCGGAGAAUGGUCACAAUUGGAUUUGUUCGCGCGCGGUUCUGAAAUACCGGGAAGAUGCAAAAAGGCUCCAGUGACUUGUUCUAUAGUGCGGCAAGAAGUAGCCGCGGUCGGAUGUCGUCGAGGACAGAUCAAGUUCAGCGCAAUGGAAGCGGGCACCCACGUCAGACCGCACGUGGGACCCACCAAUUGUCGCCUGCGAAUGCAUUUAGGACUGAGCAACACCAAAGAUACUUAUAUAAGAGUGGACAAAGAGACCAGGCAGUGGCAGACCGGCAAGGUGCUCUUGUUUGACGACAGCUUCGAACACGAGGUGUGGCACAAUGGCACCGGUACUCGUCUAGUGCUCAUUGUCGACGUGUGGCACCCGGACCUUACGCCUACCGAGAGGCGACAAUUACCUGCUAUUUAACAGAAAACUUAAAGUAAAAUCAAAUAUCAACAUUAACAAAGUAGUAGUUUCAAGUAAAUUAGAAUCAGUUUCGUGUCGUAGUUUGAUAACGGGCUGAGUGGUGGGACAGUUUGGUAUAUUUUUGAAACAUCACCGCGUAAUUGAAUCAGUGUUUUUGAAAUCUGAUCAGUGCUUUUAUUCAUCACAUUUAUCUUAUGAACAAAAAAUUUGCAAGUUAAUUUUCUUUUAAUUGCAUUUAGUCCAACUAACAUUUUGUAUAGGUAUUUCAAAUUUUCUUCGUUAAUAUCUGCUAUACCAAAGCUUUUGUUGCAAGUAACUAAAAACAAACCAAAUUAUUUGUAUAACUGGUCAGUGAUGUAGAAUAAUAACAUUAUACUAGUUUGUACGUCUGUGUUUUGAAUAGUACUUAAUGUUUUUAGCAAAUGAUUGUGAUUUUUUUUGUUGUUGUUAAAUACAAGAAAUCUCGUUUUGGUUAAAUAUAAUUUCUAUGCUCGAUA